AGAACUAUCAUUAUAUUUGAUCUAAUUUGAGUAUUUACACUAUGCCGAGCACUAAUUCCCCCCUCGUGGCCUGUGGGUUGUUCUGCUCUGGAACGGUUCUCUUAAUUUCUGGCGUCGAAAGGUUGGUCGGUUCUUCGUUCAGACAAAAGCUCAAAACUCGAGCGACGAUUCGAUGGAGCGGGUGACAAUCUGAGUUCACACCAAUCCAAUGUCUUCAAUAUACGUAUCGGAGCCGCCGACGAAGGGAAAGGUGAUUCUGCAGACGACUUACGGACCGCUCGACAUAGAGCUCUGGCCAAAGGAAGCUCCCAAGGCCGUCCGGAACUUCGUGCAGCUCUGCCUCGAGGGUUAUUACGACAACACCAUCUUUCAUCGGAUCAUCAAGUCUUUCCUCGUUCAAGGCGGUGAUCCCACUGGCACCGGCACUGGUGGUGAAAGUAUUUAUGGAAGUGUGUUUGCUGAUGAGUUCCAUUCUCGUCUAAGAUUCAACCACAGGGGCUUAGUUGCAUGUGCAAAUGCUGGCUCACCGCAUUCAAAUGGGAGUCAGUUCUUUAUAUCCUUGGAACGUUGUGAUUGGCUUGAUCGGAAGCAUACCAUUUUUGGGAAGAUAACUGGGGAUUCAAUAUAUAAUCUUCCAAGGUUGGGUGAUGUUGAAACCGACAAGGAUGAUCGGCCACUCGAUCCACCCCCAAAGAUAACGUCGGUCGAGGUAUUAUGGAACCCAUUUGAUGAUAUUGUUCCAAGACUUGCUAGAGCUGCACCCCCUUCUGUCACAGAUAAUGGCAUCAAAGAUCCAAAGAAGAAAGCUGUAAAAAAACUGAACCUGCUUUCUUUUGGAGAAGAAGCUGAGGAAGAGGAGAAGGAACUGGCUACUGUAAAGCAAAAAAUUAAGAGUAGUCAUGAUGUCUUGGAUGAUCCCCGUCUUCUCAAGGAAGAUAUCUUAAAUAAAGAAUUGAACUCUUCUGAAGCCAAAGCAUUGAAGGAUAUGCAAUUAUCUGUCAGAGAAGCCCUUAGGUUGAACAAAGAAGAAUAUCAGAGAGAUUCAGAAGCUGAAAUUUCAAAUUCCCUUGAUUACAGUGAUGAUGAUGAGGUCAACUUUGAUGCACGAAUGCGCCAACAGAUUCUUAGAAAACGAAAGGAACUCGGAGAUAUACGAACUAACCGAAAGUUGCAGAAUGGUGCAGAGAGUUCUAGUCCACAGGAUGUUGAAAUGUCUGUUCCAAGGUCCAAGGCUGAAAGCUUUGAUGACAAACCAAGAGUGGAAAAGUUGUCCAUGAAGAAAAAAGGAAUAGGCUCAGAUGCCAGAGCUGAAAGGAUGGUUAAUGCAGAUGUUGACUUGCAACUGUUGGGCAGCGGUGAACGAGAAAGACAGUUGCAGAAACAGAAGAAACGGAGACUUCAAGGACGGGAAGAUGAAGUGCUGGCAAAACUUGAGAAAUUUAAGAAGGCCAUCGCUGCAAAAGACACCACAUCAGGCAGUAGCAGAAAAGAUGGCAAUGCUGAUGAUUUGACUGAUUGGAGAAGCAUUAGUCUAAAAUUUGCGCCUGAGCCUGGCAAGGAUCAUAUGUCUCGCAAUGAGGAUCCAAAUGAUUAUGUCGUUCACGAUCCACUUUUGGAGAAAGGGAAAGAGAAGUUUAACAAGAUGCAAGCCAAACAAAAGCGACGAGAACGAGAAUGGGCUGGCAAGUCUCUAACUUGAUCUCAGUUUUCUCCAAACUCUAUCUAUGGUCAACACAUGAUUUUGGUCACGUACAUAAUCUAUUUGCCGAUGCCAUGUGAUUGACUCAUGAAGCUGCAAAUUAUGUGUGAUGAAUAACGCAAAUUACACACUCAUGGGAGACAGCUCUGAGAAACCAGGGGGAGCUUGAAGGGCAGGAAAAUAUUGUCCCCCUUUGCUCAGCUGCUUUUCUUCUGUCCUAGUUCAAAUUAUGGUCACUCUAAAUCGUAUCUGUUUGGUCCAAAAUUGUUGGCCCUAUGAAGCAGCUUUGAAAGAACAAGUUUCUUUCAAAAUGUAUUAUCUUGUACCAUUUAUGGAGAACCCAAUUUCAACAA